UUUGAAAAUUAAUGCUGUAAUUAAAGAAUGAAUUUUAACUCUAACAAAGCACAGUGGUUUUCAUUUAUAAACAUUAAUACAACCCAUUAAAUACAUGCAUAGUUUUGUGCAAGACUUAAGCCUACUUGAAGCAGUGCCAAUUGCUGGAAAGGUGAGCCAUGUCUUUCCAUUCCGGGCGAGGAUGUCCCCGUGCUCAGGGGGGACCAGGAGCAAGAACUUCAACACAGACCUACCGCCCUCAGAACCUACGGCAGCUUCACCCGCAACAGCCCUCCGUACAAUACCAGUAUGACCAGCAACCUGCCCCUCCAACAACCUAUUCAAACCCUCCAACCACCAGUUAUAUGCCUCCCAGGCCAGACUUCGUGCCCUAUCCUCCUCCAGUGCCCCCUUCCACACAAAAUCCCAUCAGCCAGUGUCCGAUGAGGCCACCAUUUCCAAACCACCAGAUAAGGCAGAGCUUCCCAGUGCCUCCGUGCUUCCCUCCUGCUCCUCCACCAGUGCCAACUCCUAGUGCCACUCCUGUGCCAGGAACUCCUGCUGGGCAAAGCACCUUUCCUUACCUGAUGCCUCCUCCCACAGUACCGCAUCCUCCUCCCCCACCAGUCAUACCGCAGCAAGUCAACUACCAGCCUGUGUACUCUGCAGCCUAUUCACAGCAAUCCUUCCCACCACCGAACUUCAAUAGCUAUCAGCACAACACUGCCUCCUUUCAGAGCAGCGCUACCAACAGCAGUGGCAGCAGCAGCCAUUUUCGGCACACGGGUCAGUACCAGGGAGAGAAGUCGCAAAGUGAUCGACGGUCUCCAGAGAGGAGCAAGCACUACGAUGAGCACCGACAUCGUGAACACAGUCAUAUCCACAGUGACAGGCAUCGGUCCACUAGCCAUGGAGAUCGUCGGGAUCGAGGCCGGAGUCCAGAUAGGAGGAGGCAGGAAAGCAGUCGGCACCGGACAGAUUAUGACAGAGGAAGGUUGUCGCCUCAUCACAGAAGUUAUGAGCGUAACAGCUUGGGAGGUAGCCAGUACUCGGGUCUGAUGGAAAGACCUAUUGUUUUGACAUCUUUCAG